CGAGGCGGGCGUCCCCGGCGCAGGCGGGAAAGGGGCGAGGGGGUGUGCGGGGAGGGGCAGCGCCGGAGCCUGCGCGCGCACCGUUCCCGCGUCAGUCGCUGGGCGGCGGUAGCCGGCGCACGGUCGAUAUCGCCUGGCCAUGCUGCCUGCACGCGCUUCCGCGCUGUGAAGAGACCAGAGGUCAGUGACAUGUGUGUGUAACAGGGUCAACUCAUCAUGUGCCUUGGGGAACCUGUACCGGUUGUAAUGCGAAUGCUGCUUUCAUAGGAUUUUUUUACAAUAAUGCGGCAAUCCAAUGGAGUCUAGCUUAGGCAAAACUGAAGCCGAUUCAUGUCAUGCGCUGAUUUCCAACGCUAUGCUAACUUUACGUGAGGGGUACGGCGGGUGUGGGCGGCGGCGCGGCGCGGGCGGGGCGGGGUCGCGCGGCAUGCGGCGGCGCCCGCUGCUGCCGCUGCUGUUGCUGGCGCUGCUGCGCGCGCACGGCCUGCUCGCCGCCUCUGGAGAAGCUGAUUACACACUGGACGAUUCAUUUUGGAAUGAAGAAAGCCCAGUUGGUGAAGUCGAGCGGCUGUUACGCGAGUACCGACAGAACCAGGAGUUAGUGCGGAACAUCGGAGCCCACUACUACCAGAUCAUCUACCCAGUACAGCUACGUCAUCACGAGAAGAUGGGCAUUUCCACGCGCGAGGUCAACGCGCAGAAGGGACGCGGCUAUGGUUCAGACUACCAACAGGGCACUCGGUCGCGUGCUAGGACUGGCAAACACUUCCACCGGACUUCCCUCCUCAUCAAAGCUUUCAACCACAAGUUCCGAUUAGACCUCGAGCUUAACACGCAACUGCUAGCACCUAACCUGAAACAAACACACUUCCUGUCCAACGGCGUUGAAACUGAAAUAAGACAAGAAAUCGAGCACUGCUACUACCAUGGUACAGUGAAGGACUACCCGGGCGCGUCGGCGGCGUUCCACACUUGCAACGGCGUAUCUGGCGUUAUACACAUCGGGAACGAGACUUUCGUGAUACACCCGUUCUACGGUGGAGAUCUCUCGAAGCACCCACAUGUCAUCUUUGAGGCGCGAACGAAGGCGAACAAGGGGUGUGCCAACAAGCUCGAAUACCGCCCGAAGAGCCGCCGGACCAAACAUGUCUCGUUCGUCGAGACGCCGAUGGCCGAUGACCCUAUAGCUGUCGUAGAAAGAACGCCCCGUUCAAAAGAGGGCGACUGGCGGUGGUGGAAAGACGCCGGUCUUCGGGAGCUGAAACGACGCAGAAGAGACGUCCGAGAGACAACGAAGUACAUCGAGACGGCACUCGUGAUCGACCGCGCGAUGUUCGAGCGACGGAACGGCAGCACGCGCUCAGAAGUCGUGCAUGACGCCAUACAGGUCGCCAACAUCGCGGACUUGUAUUUCCGGACACUAAACACGCGGGUGUCGCUGGUUUACAUCGAGUCGUGGCAGGGCGGGGACCAGGCGGACAUAGAACGCAAGCAGGACAUCACGCGCGCCAUACUCAAGUUCAACGACUAUACGUCGAGGAAGCUCUUCAAGAUUGAGAAGGACACCACGCAGCUUCUCACUGGCCUUUCAUUCCCUGGUGGAGAAUCCGGCAUCUCCGUGCCGGACACGGUGUGCACGCCCAAGUCCGUGGGCAUCUCCGUCGAUACCAACACGUACGAGCCACAUCUGCUCGCCGGAACGAUGGCGCAUAUGAUCGGACAUAACAUCGGAAUGGGUCACGAUGACGGUCGCGAGCAGUGCUUCUGCCGCGACUGGCACGGCUGCAUUAUGGCGCAGACCAUCGUCGGCCUCGACCAUGUUCAGCCUUAUAAGUUCUCCGACUGCUCGAAGAACGACUAUAUAAAUGAACUCCGGAUAGGCCAGGGGCUGUGUCUGCUGAACAAACCUAAUGAGCUAAUCGUCCACCGCCAAUGCGGCAACGGCCGGCUUGACGAGGGUGAAGAGUGCGACUGCGGGGCCAUCGACGAGUGCCAAAAGACCAACCCCUGCUGCGACCCCAUCACCUGCAGGCUGACGAAGGAGGCGCAGUGCGCUUCGGGAGAGUGUUGUGAACAGUGCCAAUUGAAACCACGCGGUGUGACAUGCCGUGAUGCCGCCAACGAGUGUGAUCUGGAAGAAACGUGCACGGGCCUGACUGGUGUAUGUCCCCCUGAUGCGUACAGGAAGAAUGGAGAACUAUGCGAAGAAGGCAAGGGCUACUGCUUCGCGGGCACCUGCCCCACCCUGUCCACGCAAUGCGCCAACAUCUGGGGCCCGGGCACCACGGGCGCCGACAAGGAGUGCUUCGAGCAGUUCAACUCCAAGGGCGCCGUGACGGGGCACUGCGGGAAGGACAGCAAUGGAUACAUCAAGUGUGAGAUGGAGAACGUCAAAUGUGGUUCACUGCAGUGCCAACUAGGCAAUCGGUAUCCGGUCGUGCAAGGCAUGGACGAGUACUACACCAGAACUGUUAUUACCAUCAAAGGAACCGAAUAUGAGUGCAAAGCCACGACCGGCCUCCCCGACCAUCCUGAAAUCAGCCCGCUGGGUCUGGUGAGCGACGGCACCCCGUGCGGCGACAACCUCGUCUGCGUCAACCAGACUUGCACCUCCAUCUUCCCGUACAUCGACCACACCAAAUGCCCCAGCGGGCAUAACAACAACGAAUGCUCCGGGAAAGGGACCUGCUCGAACGCGAACAAGUGCGUCUGCAACCGCGGCUGGACUGGCCCGGACUGCUCGCAGCCCGACGCCCUGCCCCCCACCCCCACCGCCUGGGUGCCCGACAACGCAACCAAGGCCGCCUACAACAUGACCAAGAAGGAAACACCGUAUGAGAACUACCACGGCUCGAACACGGUGUUCCUCGUGGCGGUGCUAAUGUCUGUGGUAGGGGGGGUAUUCAUAGUAUUUGCCCUGAGCGCUCUCUGCUACAGGUCAGUCGUAGUACACAAAAACUUCUCCCUGUGCCUAAGGAAAAAGAGCACCAUGCCGAAGUACGACCCGCCCUACGUGAAGAAACCCAUCGCGAAGAGUUUCGGCGCCGGCUCCACCACCAGCAACAACUCACAGGAAGACAUCUCUUUAGAAGGCGGGAAGAUGCACUCCUUCAAUAAUACCUUCAGAAAUCUCCUAAGCCGAGGUGACUCCCAGCGAGUAAUCUUCAGACACGGGAAUCACAUGUCGGGGCCUGGCAAUACUAGUAGAUAUCCAGAUCAUAAACAAAUGAAACGUGUUCAUUCGGGUAGCGAGGACGAGCCUACACAUUCAGGCGAAGAAGACAUCGCCUUCAUCGACGUGCAAACCAACUCGAUGGCCAAGGUGCCAGAGAAGGGAAUACUAAAGAAGCACGCGUAUGGAGCGGUGGACGGGAAGGAUAAGUGGGGAGACGACAGUCAGAGCGAGCACCUGGAGGCGGGCUCGCAGUCUGAUGGCCAGGAGCCGGCUGGGGCGGUGGCCGAUAUGGAGUAUAAGUUUAAGGAUUUGAACGGCUACCACGAAGGUAUAAUCGUGGCGCUAAAGACUGCAGCAGCGCAACGCGCCAGCGCCGGCGGCUCCACAGUCGGCUCCGGCGACCUGCGCGCACUACAAGAAUAUGAAUACAAGCGCGAACGCGCGUCCAGCGCGGAAAAAAUCCACGAAGCAGAACUCAGAAGACAGAGAGGCGGCGAAGAAGAGGAAGACGAUGCGCCAUCUUGUGGGCCCAUUAGGAUCAGGAAUUUGGAAGAUUUGAUUAGGCAGCUAGAACACCACUCGAGCAGGCACAUGAGUCCGUCGGGCUCCGAGGACAUAAGGAUGUCGGAGACUGAGGCUGAUAGGCAUUAUAGGAUCGAGCCUGGAGAAGUGCCAGCGAACCGCUGCCGCGGGCGGAUCCCCGGCGAGGAGGAUGCCCGCUUCGGCUACCCGCGCUUCCGCGGCAGCGGGCGGCACCACGCGCCGCUGUUCCCGGCGCACCUGCACCCGCACAGCCCGCACGCGCGCGCGCCGCCCGACGACGACGCGCUCUACGAGACGGCGGACGCCGAGCGGUUGAGGGACGCGCCCGAUAGUGAGAGUGAUGAAUUUAUUCAAGCUCAACAACAGUUAGCCCGGUGGGCGAGUGAAGACGCGGUGCCGGCGGCGGCGCGAGACAGGGAGAGAGAAUACUUCCCGUCGCCCCCCGGCAGUUCCAGCAGCGACGCGACUAUCCGGCGCCCGCCGCCGCCCGGCGCGAGCGGCGCCCCGGCCGCCCCGGGCGCCCCGGCCACCCCGGGCGUCCCGCCCUCCGCGACACCCGCGUCGUCCUCCUUCCCCGAGUACAAGCACUGACCGCGCGCUGCCGCUGCCGCGCCACCGAGCUGUGACCGCGCGCACGCAUUCUAAACCUCUUAGACGUAGUGGUACGAGGUAGUCGCCUGCGCGGCGCCCCGGCGUUGGCGAUUUCGCGAAGCUCGAUCCCAGCGUUUUAGCGUCGAUAAGAUAACCCUGUUGAAUUGAAAUGUUCAGAAUAGUACUUCCAUCCGAGUUAAUCACAUCAGCAUCUAUGACGCCCCACUCGAAAAAAGCUUGUGAUCCUUUGCCACCAUAAUUAUAUUAACAAAAUGUUUAUGAAACAUAAAUCGGACAAACAAAACAAAAUAUAAAAAUCCUAAACAAAACAUUUAAAUUCGAGAAAAUGGUUAGAGGUUAUCUUUUUGAUGCAUAAUAAUGACCAAUGUGAGUGUAGGUUAGAGCAACAUUAUUUGAGAUACCCAAGGAUUUUUGUAUUCAGACUGCCAACGAUGGUACAGAUUUUAAAAGUUCGAUAUUAUACGAUACGUUGAAUCACUGUAAUUUGGUAUAGGUAAAAAAAUAUUAAAUUUGGGAGAAUAAUGUUCCCUGAAUGGGUCUUAUAGUUUAGUAAUACGAGUACCUAUAUCGGUUAGCUUUACUCAAAUGUAGUACUGAAAUACUGCCAGUAAGUAAGACUUAUUUGAUGUGUAAAGUGGAAAAUGUGUGGAAAAAUUACCCAGUAAAUCUAUCAUUAUUCCGUAUUUGACUUCUUAUGUCUGAUGAGGACCAUAAGAGUUCCACCAUAAUGAAAUAUACAAAUUAUUGAAUUAUAAAGGGCGUUCAUGAUAUGAGACUUCUGCUUACUUGAGCCUUGUAUAUUUUAUUUGUAAGAUUAUACGCCGAUUUCAUAUUUUAAGACUUAUCCACCAAAGCUCACGUAUGAGUGUAAUUAAAAUUAAUUAAUAACUAUAUUUUCCUAUUUAAAGUAACCAAUGAAAAGUGGUCUAAGUAUGCAAUAUCGCCAGCUCCACAGGGCACAAGGAACAUAAUCGCAUUACUCUAAAAAGCUCCUGUUGUAGUUGCAAUGAAACUAACACUAUAUAGUCUCUAAACUUCUGCAAACUGACUUUUGAAAAAUUGUUGUGUGGCACUGGUAUUACUAGCUCUAGCUGUACAAAGUCAAAAUAAAUCGGAGCAAUAUUAUGUUGAAUCGCUAGUCCUCUGAUUAGUAUAAGUCGUGUGUGUAUGUAUUAAUCUUCAAGAAAUCGCCAACUCUCGGACAAACCCCACGGCGUGGCGCCGGCGUGUCCGACGCCGGACGCGUUGGGCCCCAACAAGCGGGCGCCCGGCGCGCGGCGCGGGGGCCGCGGCGCCACGGCGCGGGGCGGCGGAGGCGCCCGCGGCGGCCCCGCGCACGCCUUAGGCUAAUUCGAUGUAACAUGUUGCACUGUUAGGGUAAUCACGUUACGAAUAGUUAACCGUUAGAACACAAUAAUAUUUCACACGUAGCUAAUGAAAUAAAUGAAUAGCGAAUGAAUGUAGGAGGCGCAGCGCAGCGCCAUUCCGCUGUGAAUACGUAUGUAGUUAUUGUUAGAAAUCGUGUACAUAUACUGAAGUAUGAAGUAUUAAAUGCACAUUUAUUAUGAUUGACUGACUAUAGGAAAAUUAGAUUAAACUGUUGAAUGUAAGUUGAAUGAAGCGCGCCGCGCUCUUUUGUCGCAGUAACUGUUACGUUGAAAUGUUUAAUAAUUAUAUUUGUUCUAUUAAUAUGAUACGCUUUAUAACUCUUAUCUCUGUUUGUAGCGGGGCUAGGGCGCGGGGCGCGAGUGCUAGACCUAAGCGUAAGUUAGAGUAAGGUCGUCGUUUUAUGGUAAGGUAAGAGCUGUGCGGUGUCGAGGUCCUGCGAGACGUGGAGCUCGCGUUCGUGACUUCCGACCGUCGGAGCUCAAGUAGCUUUGAUUUAGAUAGGCUAUUAACAAAUUGAACACUUAUUAUUAAGCGAAGCUUUAAUGUAACGUGUGUUAGUUUGAAGGAUGUCGAUAUUCGAUGCAGAAGGCGAGCUCAACGUCUGGCCCGAUGGCGAUACGUUUCUUGGUUAGCCUAAGUUAAAUAAGUUGUGAAGAGUGCUUGUCAGACUUGCUCAGCGUGUGUCGAGUAUCGAAGUGGGCGAAGAGCAACCGUCCCGGAGUCACCUCGGUGUGACACCGCCGCGGUAUCAUUACUGUUUAAACUCUCUGAUUAACCCUACGCGUUCAGAAUCCGAAGCCAAUAACAAGUAUCAAAACACUGAAGUCCUUGCCGCGGCAGGGUCGCCAUGAUGCCGUGGUCGGUGUUACGCCUCUCCGAACACGCCCCACUUCACACUGCGUCAUUUGUUACAUCGCGUUUAAGGAAUUUUAAACUAAGCAACAUAACACCAAUAUCAAAAUCAAAGUUCAAAUUCCUUUUUUAUACUCUGUUAUUGAAAUUGACAUGGCUGAUUCGUGAAUAAACUUUUAAAGUAUUAUGUUCUAAAGCUUAUAUUUUAACAAGGAAUUUUAAAAUAUCCAAAUGUAAGUUUAUUGGGUUCCUAAUUGUGUGCAUGAACAAUAUGUAAUAUUUAGUUAGUUAAAUAUUGCAGAAACAGAUGAAUAACAAGAAUGAGGAAUGCGUAUUUUAUUUUCCACAACUUACCUACUUAUUAAUGUAUGUACAGACGUCAUCAGAUAUAUCGGAGCGGCCUAGGCGCUCACAAAUAUCUGAACACACCCCUUUUGUCAAGUGCGUGUUCAGAUAUUUGUGAACACCUUGGCCGCUCCGAUAUAUCUGAUUGCGACCGUAAUACUUUAUUAUAUAUGUAUGUGACGUUAGAGAUCAUACCUCUCGCGUCGAAUGAUGAUGAUGAUCCCUAUGACAGUUCCUGUAAAGUCGCUUUUGGAUGGAUUUAAUUAAAAAUAAUAAUUAAAUAAAUGUGUUUUCACCGUAUUUUUAUUUACGUAAAUGUCACCUUUCUAAAUAAAGUAAUGUGAUAAACUUACAAAAAACGUCUACAAACAUUUUUCGUGACAGCUACUCCAUAUAUAAAUGAACUGUCAUAUAGGGAUCAUUAUUAUUAAUUACUAGUUUACUUACUCAGUUAUCUCAAGUUAGGUAUGCGCCAUGCGUUAGCCAUGUCAACUAAACUUGCAUAGUCUAAGUUGUCAAAGUAAGAAUCUUUAAACAAAAUCUAGUUAAACAAACAACACAACCAGAGAUCUCGUACCGUGCACAUAUUCUAGACGUAAUAAACGUACGCAUAUUCUAAAACUUAAUGUGAAAUAUAAAAGUUAUCCCAUUUUAUCAGAAAUAUCUAUUAUUAUUAUUGUAUUAAAUAAACGAAUUUAUGCAGUUUAACCUGAAAGAUAUGUACGAUAAAAUGUGUUAUAGUUUCGCGUUUAUUUUAUUGUAAACAAAUUUAGAGAGUUAUCGGUUUAUUCGCGAUUACGCUAGGUUAGGUGGCCCGGCCACGACAUAACUCGUAGUCUACAAGUAAAGUAUUAUAAUGAUAGACGAAGAGUGUCGGCUAUUAUCAAUCCGACGCGACGAACGCCGGGCUGAGCUCGGGCGGCGGACUCAGGACGCCAUUUUGGAGCCUCCGUUCCAAAUAAGCUUUACAAAUGAACAAAAAAAGCCAAUCUUAACCUAAGCCUGUGUGUCAACGGCCUCUAGGUAUUCCUGGGCUCGCCGCUUCCUGCGCCGGAUUUCCAAUAUUUUACGGAAUAUUUGUUGUACUUUAAGUUAGUCUAAAUAGUUACUAUGAACACGUACAGGGUAGAUGUUAUUGCAAUACUCUGUAGCUGGGUGUUGCACUCGCCCGCGUGGCGUGAGUCGACGUCAUUUACUCAUACUCGUAAAUACAAGAAAAUGCUCAAUUAUUGUGUCCAAAGAAAAAUCUUAUGGCCACCCUAGUUCGUGUCCGUCGACAUCGCGCCAUGCACGUGAAAUGUACGCCGAACCAGACGGAGUCAUUUUUAAAUUUAUGCUAUCUUUUUUCAGCUACAAUCCGAUCUUUAUAAUAUUUCAACGUCGGCAAAGCGUACAAGCGAGUGCGCGAUCCAGUAGGCGUCCCGAGCGCGCGUUCAUAAACCUGCAAGCCAGUCUGUGCGAUCCUCCUGGCACUUGCUACAUCGGUAUAGAGUCGAAAAUCGCACAGACUAGUUUGUACGCGUAGGCCUAAUCGUCAAUUGCGGACGCGCCAGAUACGCCAUUGCUCACGGCAGUGUUCUGCUCGUCGCGAAUCAUUGCAACGGCUCGGGAAGAACCACUAUCGCUAAGCCUCACUCAUAUCCGUAUUUGUCCUAGAACGCGGCAUACUUGAAUUGUGACUAGUUAUGCUAGAUGCGUGUAAGAACGUGUUAUGUAAAAAUGGAAUGUUAUUUUUCAGUGUUUAUAGAUUUAGAGUUAGGAGCUCUGAAAAAUGGCAUCGUUUCAUCCACACUGCUGUGUAUUGUAAUGUGCACGAAUUUGGUCGCGAAAAUUGAAUUGCCACCUUAUAGCCACCCUAACAGUGCGACAGAUAAAUAAUUAAGUUUAACAUUGUAUAAUGUAUUGCACUAUAAAUUGUAAAUUUAAAAAUGGAGGUAAUUGCUCAAAAUGUGUACCGAUUGCAAUGGUUCGCGUAGCCUGAGGCCGCGCCCUAACUAAAUAAUUAGUAUGUUAAACUUAAGUGAUAUUAUGUAAUAUAAAAAUACGAAUUUUAAACGAAAAACGUUGAAACGUCAUUUUCUGUUUGGUUUUGUCCUUGUAAAUAUAUUUGCUAUAUGAUUUACUAAAUGAAUGUAACAUAUUAUUAACAAGAAAAAAUAGAUGAAACAACAAUUUU